UUUUAAAUGAAAUUUUUAAUAAUCGCAACUUGUAUAUUAUUUGUAUGUAACUACUGUAAAUUAUCAUAUUUCCUGGUACUAGGGAUUCGGGAACCCCGAAUACUGUUUUCAAAAAAAUACUCAUUUUUAUACCCAAAUCAUAGGAGAAUCCUUAAAAAUCUACAAAUUGGAAACAAUGUGUACAAUUUUUUACGAGAUUCUUGUGAAAAAAAUCUCUCGUUAUACUCCAACUACUCUGAGUAUUUAAGGGAUAAUCAAACUGUUCAAAAAGAGCCAAAACAAAAAUCUUUGAAGAAUAUAUUAGCAGUAGAAACGAGUUUUGAUGAUACAUGUGUAGCAGUCGUGAGAAGUGAUGGAGAGAUUCUCUCGGAUAAAAAAUCAGCCCAAGAGGAAAUAAUUGAAGAAUUUGGAGGAAUAAAGCCUUCUAGUGCUAGAUUAGCACAUAUAAAUGAAAUUGAAAUGCUGUCGGAUAAAGUUAUUAAGGAAUCAGGACUUAAAAUUUCAGAUAUAGACGAAAUAGCAGUCACCAGAGGACCAGGAACAGAGUUAUGCCUUAGAGUAGGUUACAAUUAUGCAAAGGAUCUCUCUAAGAAAUACAAUAUUCCACUGGUUUCAGAGAACCAUAUAGCUGGUCACUGCUUAUCUCCACUAAUUGAUCGACAUCAAUUUGUUUACUCAGUUGAUGGAACGGCAGUGGAAUCUAAAAAUUUGAAAUUCCCGUACCUCUGUCUGUUGCUUUCAGGAGGCCACUCUCAAAUUUAUCUGGUGGAAAAUCCUUCAAAGUUUUAUCUAAUUUGUGACACCCUGGAUGAAUAUGCAGGGAACGUUUUGGACAAGUGUGCGAAGGUACUUGGCCUUGAUGUGUCGAAGGGAGGAGGAGCACAAUUGGAAAAGACAGCAGAUGAGGUCAAAAGCUCAAGGUUCAAUUUUACAAUCCCAAACAAGAAAAGCCACUACAUGGAGUUUUGCUUUUCUGGAGUUCAGUCGCAAUUGACAGCAGUGACACGAAACCUUCUAAAGAACUAUAAAGUGGAAGAUCCAAGAUCUCUCCCUGGGAAACUGUUAAAUGAAUUGGCAUUUGGAGCACAGUCAACUGUUUUCGAGAGUAUUUUGGCCCAAUUGGAAAUGGCAAUUAAUGUGGUGGAGACUCUCUUUCCAAUCAAUAAACUGGCACUAGUUGGAGGAGUCGCUUGUAACGAAAAGCUCAAGAAAAUGAUACUCGAUAUGUUUUACCUGAGGGAUCAUUCUGUUCGAUAUUCGAAUCAGGAGAAUCUUUAUUUAAGAACGAAACAAUUGAUUAAGAAAUAUCUGAAAUCUGGAGGAAAUUUCUUUAUAGGAGAUAACCCCUACGCUAAAUAUUACGAAGACUUCAGUAAGAAAAUAAGUGGCUUGAAAGAAUUUAUAUACUAUUUGUGGAACCCUGAGGUGUACCCUGAGAUUUUAAUGCCUGGAUAUAUUUCCAAAGUUGGAAAAGAACACAAAAGCGAGCUGUACAAGACAUUGUUGUGUACAUACUUUAAUCUAAUUGGUCCAAAGAAAGUAAUGAAGAUAGAUAGGAAUAUAAAUAGGGCUCUCCAUCGUUCUUUUUUAGUGAAACCAUCGGUUAGAAUUUUAAAAUUUAUUCAAAGUGAUUCCAAGUUUACUCUUCCGCUAGGCUUUGGAUUGCCAAAACCGAACACAAGUUGGCACCUGUUUUCUACUAGUAAGAAUUACUGUACUGAUAACGCAGUAAUGAUAGCAUUCAGCCUAAUUCAAAAAAACAGAAUGGGAAUGAGUGGAGUUAAAAAUCAGGAUAAAAUAGAUGGUAGGGACGUUGUCCCAAGGUGGGACCUGGGAGCGAGGAAAAACUGGGAAUUAGUAGCAGAUAUAUGUAAACUAGAUUCAUUAUUACAUUUUUAAUUUAAUAAACUAUAA